AUGGAUCGAUUCGAUAAAAUAUCGACACAGGAUUUCUUAACGGAGAACUAUCACUUUUUGGCCUGCUGUACAAGGGUCGAUUCGUUUUUGAGUUGGUUGCGUAGUAAGGAUGUGCUGUCCGUCUGUGAGAUGGAGGAGAUACAAGCGAUGAAAACAUCAAAGAGUAAAUCAGCUCGGUUGAUAGACACGAUAGAGUACAAGGGCGACAGAGGCUUCCUUGCAUACAUGCAGGUUCUGGAAUGGACCUACCCCGAUGUCUUCUCGUCCAUAACCGAAUUCAAAGGCAUAGAGCAAAACGGGAGCUCUCGCAAAUCAGCCGUCCUCAUCCAGGAACUGCAGAAAUGCAUGGGCAACAUCGUCGAAGACAACCUCUGUAAGAAGGAAAACAUUUUUAGACUCAAGGAAACUGUUUCUAAGCUGCAAAACGAGAGCGAAAUGAUGAUAAGCGAGAUGAGGCAACUGCAAUCAAAACUGCAGAACCUGACCAACAUCAACUGCGAACACUCAGCCGUUAUUAAAAAACUUGAAGAGGAGAAUAUGACGCUGAAAGUCGAAAAAGACGAAAAGGAAAAAAAGUUGAAAGAAAAAACGAACGAACUGCUCGAGCUCUACAUGAAUAAAGUUAGCUGCAACAACAUCAACAAGAACACCAACAACAACAUCAACAACAACAUCAAUGACAACAAUCACACCAGAAAAAUAGGAUACGACGACAACAAGAAGCCUCUAAUAUCCCCGAAACCUGCUCACACCAACAACGGCAUGAUUUUACAACAAGAACAGAAACAACAAAAAAAAACGCUUUUAGAUCACCAGUCAUCAUUCCAAAAUGUGAACAAUUCGUUGGAAGAUGAGUUUGAACAUUUGAAAACGAAACUCGCCAAGUUCAAAGACGAACUGAACGAGAAGCAACUGGAAAUCGACAAACUGACGAAGACGAAUGACCAGCUGCUGGACUUGAACCAGCGAAUAAACAGCGAUUACCAGAAGGCCAUCAAGGCGUACGAGCAGCAACAUGAGACUGUCGAGUUCCUCAGGAAAGAGAAUGGUAAAAUGAAUAAAUUAGAAAAAGCGUCAAGCGACCGGUUAGUACUUUUCUGA